AUGGGUGUGUUCCUGAGCCGAGUGGAGAAUGCAGGGUUAGAUCUGAAGAAUGCAGGUAAGGAGGUGCCGGAUGACGAAAUAGCAUACCAUAUGAUUGGACACCUGCCGAGUGUUUCUACAAGAAACAAUCACGUCCUUCUGGCCACUGCUUGUGUUUCCUUAUACAACUCGCAAGGUCAUAAAAUCAAGGCCAAGGCCAUUCUGGAUAACGGGUCCCAAAAUUCCUUUGUUACUGAAGGUUUAAUCGAGAAAUUAGGUUAUGUGCCUUACAACCACUCUACCAUAGUUUCCGGAAUUGGGUUGACAGAGAAUGUGCAUCCCAGAAUUUCCCUACUGAUUCAGACAGCAGCGGAGGAUGAAUUGGAACAACAAGUCUCUAGGUUUUGGAAACUGGAAGAAGUCGCCAAGGCAGAAUCCCUCUCUCCAUAUGAUGAAGCAGCUGGAAGUUUGUUCUUACAAACAACAAAGGUUUUGAAGGAUGGCAGGUUUCAAGUUAACCUACCAUUAAAAUCUCAGAGCGAGAACCUCAAGUUAGGUGAUUCUUUCGCUAUCGCACGAAGAAGGUUUGACAACCUAGAAAAAAGGUUCAUCCGAGAUCUUUUGUAUUAUGCAGAGUACAAAAAAUUCGUUAAUGAAUAUGUUUCCCUCGGGCAUGGUAAGGUCGUCCCCCUCUCCCUGACAAAUGAAUUAUCACAGCCUAAAUAUCUUCUUCCCCACCAUGCUGUCUUCAAGGAAGAUAGUGUGUCCACAAAAGUGCGGGUCGUCUUUGAUGGUUCUUGUAAAAGCUCUUCUGGUAUUUCCCUGAACGAUAUACUUCUAACUGGUUAUCAAGUACAACCAGAUCUCUUCGAUAUCCUGUGGCGAACAGACGAUAUUACGGAAUUGGAUCAUCUAUAUUUCCAACUCAAUUCUCUUCUUACUUCUCAUGGCUUCAAAUUGCACAAGUGGUGUUCGAAUUCUAGACAGUUUUUGAACAAAUUCUCUGAAGAAGUUACAACAGAAAGAGAUUUCAACUUGGAAAAUGUUUCUAGCAAGUUUAAUCCCUCGCAGUGCUAUGAUCCUCUUGGGUUUCUGUCGCCUCUAAUAGUCAGAGGCAAAACUGUGAAACUAAUAGAGUUUCAUGGAUUCGCAGAUGCCAGCUUGAGGGCUUAUGCAGCUUGUGUCUAUAUUCGGACAGUAUAUAUAGAUAACACGGUCUCGUGUUUCCUGAUUUCUUCUAAGUCCAGAGUAGCCCCUCUCAAAACUGUCACCUUACCCAGACUGGAGCUGUGUGCGAUGCUCCUUCUUGCACAGUUGACAGACAAACUGUUGAACAUAUUCAAAACUCGAUUUCAUGUCGACUCUGUGGUUCUCUGGUCUGAAAUAGCUCUUAAUUGGAUAAAAUCUCACUCUUCUCGGAAUAUCUUUGUCGCCAACAGAGUGGCACAAAUUCAGGAACUGACUAAAAAUUUCACUUGGUGCCAUGUUCGAUCAGAGAAUAAUCCUGCUGAUCUUCCUUCUCGAGGUGUUCUUAAAUCGGACCUCCUCCACAUGCAGCUCUGGUGGAAUGGCCCAGAGUUUCUUUCGGACUCAGCUUGGAAAUAUUCAGAUAUGUCAGAAAUAGAGGUUCCGGUAAUGGAAGUUCCGGAAGAAAGAAAAUUGGUUCUCGUGUCUUCCAUCAUGUCGUAUCAAAACAAUUAUUGGGACUCCUGGUUUAACAAGUACUCUUCCUUCUCAAGGCUACAAAGAGUGAUAGCUUAUUGUCUUCGUUUUCAUCAUAACGUCAGGAGUGAUGACAAAUGGUAUGGCUCUCUUCAAGUACAUGAGCUGAAUGCAGCUCUCAAACUUGUGGUGAAGGUGCUCCAGCACAUUCAUUUCCACAAGGAAAUCCAGGAUUCAAAGAACCAGAAACCUCUACGUGAUAAAGUUGGUGGAAGACUUGAAAAUGCAGAAAUUCCUUAUGAUCAGAAGCAUCCUAUGUUGUUACCUCCUCGCAACUAUGUAGUGUCUCUCAUGCUUAAACAGAAGCAUGAAUCUCUAGGUCAUGCAGGUGCUCAGAAUGUUUUGUCAAACUUCAGAGCACAGCCUACUCAUCAGUUGAUGGCAGACUUACCAAGAGACAGAGUAUUAGAAUCACGCUGUUUCAGUCGAGUUGGAGUGGAUUAUGGUGGUCCAUUUGUCAUCAAAUCUUCGAACUUGAGAAAGGCACCACUAGUUAAGGCAUACAUAGCGGUCUUUGUAUGUAUGAGCACAAAGGCUGUUCACUUAGAAAUGGUAUUUAAAAACGGCAAAUUACAAGAAUCCAUAAAAGAAUUUGCAUCUCAAAAUGAGAUAGAAUUUAAGUUCAUACCCCCCAGAAGUCCUCAUUGGGGUGGUGUCUGGGAAGCAGCAGUUAAAAGCACAAAGCAUCACCUAAAAAGAUUGAUUGGUGAAGCACACUUUACGUUCGAGGAAUUUUACACGGUGUUAGUUCAGAUAGAGUCUAUUCUGAAUUCACGUCCUCUCUGUCCCUUAUCAAACGAUUCCAAUGAUGUUCAAAUAUUAACACCUGGACAUUUUCUGAUUGGAGCGAGCUUGACUGCCCCUUCAGAAAGGGACGUAACAAAGAUCAAAGAAAAUCGACUGACACGUUGGCAGAGAAUUAGCAAAGUGACCCAAACCUUCUGGAAUAGAUGGAGAGUUGAUUACCUCAACAGACUGCAGAAUCGCCCAAAGUGGUUUCAUCCUGUUCCAGAAUUGCAAAUAGGCUCCUUAGUCCUUCUGAAGGACGAGGAAACCCCACCUUUAAAAUGGCCAUUGGCCAGAGUGCUGGAAGUUUUUCCGGGAACCUGCUUCCCAAAUAUGCCCAUAUAUGGUAAUGAGCUGAAUCCGCAAAGAUCAUUGGUUGUCACACAUGUGACGCAAAACUUCCCUACACGCUCUUCCAAGGGAUGA